CUUUGCCUCCGCUCGCUUCUCCUGUUUGCUGCUACGUCCACUGAACGAGGACCCCUGACAACAUUCCUCGCCUUGCCCUGAAUCUAGCAGACUGACAGAAUGAAGGGUGCCAUAAUAAUGUUUUGCCUGAUUGGAGCAGCUUUUGCCAACCCAAUUUCAUCCAGCGCCGUGUUGGAAUCCGGCGAGCUCGACCCAAACACGACUGAAAGUUUGUCUGUUUCGCAAUCAGCUGAAAAUAACACCUCAGAGCUUCAGAGCUCCGAAGAAAAUACCUCAAGCCAGAGUCAGAGUCAGAGUUCAGAGUCAGAAUCACUAGAAUCCACAUCGGAGGCCGAGACUUCAGAGGAGAGUGACAGCCAGUCAGACGAGGAUGAGGAGACAGACUCCAUGGCUGAAACCAGAGAUGACAGCAUGGGCAGCGAGGAGAACAUGCGACAGAGCUGGGUUCGACUGUUGGCGAGUGUCACCAAAGUCCACAGCGCAGAGGACAACAGCAGCAGCAGCAGCAGCGCGGAGGUCAGAGGUCAGCCGGAGCAGCUGACCGAGCUGCGGCUCGGUAACACCACAGACCUGCUGCUGACGGACGGUCCCACCGACAGCAGCGACACCACCAGCGACAGCGCAGACACCACCGAGCUCACAGCUGCCGCCAGCAGCCAGAGCACCAGCAGCGAGAGCGACGAGACCAGUGAAACCAGCGAGACCAGCGAGGCCAGCGACAGCAGCGACGCCAGCGACAGCAGCGAACUGCAACACGUCAAAACCCACGACUGCGUGAACGGAACUCAGAGCUGUGAGAGCGAGGAGGAUUUCUUCCAGGUUAUAGGAGACGAUACUCAUUACUCAGUGGACCACCUGAUGGUGCCGGAGGAGGACGAGCGGGAGCUGAGCCUCAGGAGAUGAUGGCGGGCUGCUCUGACCCGCAGCGCCGCCAGCACCGGGCUCACACGUGUCCUCUCCGCCGUCGCUUGUGAACGUUGAUGUUGGCUUGAUAACGUUACCUGCACCUGACUGAAUUUUCUGUGUGUGAUUAUUAUUGUGAUACA